AUGAAUAUUAAAAAUAUUAGUAACUUACGAUUGAUAACAUUCGAUGUAACUAAUACAUUGCUGAAUACAUCAGUAAAAAAACACUAUGCUGACAUAAGUUUAAAACACGACGUUUCACUAAAUCCCGAUAAAUUAGAACCGAGUUUCAAAAAAUAUUUCAAACAUUGGUGUCAUGAGCAUCCUAAUUAUGGAAAAGAUACUGGAAUUGGUUGGGAAAGUUGGUGGAAAAAUCUUAUUUGGAGUGUAUUUAAAGAUCAAAAUAUUAAAAUUUCUGAUGAAAAAAUAGACAAGAUAUCAACAGAUUUAAUAAAAUAUUAUAACACAAAAAGAUGCUGGAAGUUAUAUCCUGGAGCGUUGGAUAUCCUCAAGUAUUUAAACGAUCGAAAAAUAAUUGUAGGAGUGAUUUCAAACUUUGAUCAACGUUUGGAGUCUAUUUUAAGAAGCACUCAAAUACGAGAAUAUUUUUCAUUCAUUCUUACAUCUUACGAUUUUGGCAAAGAAAAGCCGGAUAUUUCAAUAUUCAAUGAAGCUUUGAAAAUUUCCGAAAAAUUUUAUCGUCAUAAAAUAUCUCCUGAAGAAUCUCUACAUAUCGGUGAUAAUAUAAAAAUUGAUUACAACGGGGCUAAAAAUGCUGGGUGGAAUGCAUAUUUAAUUAAUCAUCAUCAUGAAGUAAAUCCGAUUUCGCCAAUGCUGGAUUAUCAAAGUUUUAAUGAUCUUUUUGAAUUAAAAAAUCAUUUUAAAAUUAUCUUGGAUCAAACUUGA